AGAGAGAGGAGGGAAGAAGAAGAAGAAGAAGAAGAAGAGGAGGAGGAGGAGGAGGAGGAAGAAGAAGCCCUCGGGAAGAGAGUGCGAGAGGCUCGACCGCGAAGAUGGAUCGGGAAUGGGGUUCGAAGCCCGGAAGCGGAGGCGCCGCCUCCGCCCAGAACGAAGCCAUCGACCGCCGCGAGCGUCUCCGCCGCCUUGCCCUCGAGACCAUCGAUCUCGCCAAGGACCCCUAUUUCAUGCGCAACCACCUCGGCAGCUACGAGUGUAAGCUGUGCUUGACCCUGCACAACAACGAGGGGAACUACCUGGCGCACACGCAAGGGAAGAGGCAUCAGACCAACUUGGCUAAGAGAGCGGCUCGUGAGGCUAAGGAUGCUCCUGCUCAGCCUCAGCCCAACAAGCGAAAGGUUAACGUUCGCAAGACAGUUAAGAUUGGUAGACCUGGGUACAGGGUGACAAAACAAUUUGAUCCAGAAACAAAGCAAAGAUCCCUUCUCUUCCAGAUUGAAUAUCCUGAGAUAGAGGAUCUUUCAAAGCCAAGACAUCGUUUCAUGUCAUCUUAUGAGCAGAGAAUCCAACCUUUUGAUAAGAGAUAUCAAUAUCUUCUCUUUGCGGCAGAACCUUAUGAGAUUAUUGCUUUCAAGGUUCCUAGCACAGAGAUUGACAAAUCAACUCCGAAGUUCUUCUCACAUUGGGAUCCGGAUUCAAAGAUGUUCACGUUGCAGUUGUAUUUCAAAUCGAAGCCGCUGGAAACAAACAAACCUCAACCUCCCCCUGCAGCCAACGGCACUGCUGCACCUGGUGCCCCGCCGAGGCCACCACCUCAAGCUCCUCCUCCACCCCAAGGAUUACCACCAGGAGCCCCUCCGAGAAAUGCACCACCUCCAAUGCCAGGAUCAGCUCCACCACCACCCCCGCCAAUGGCAAAUGGGCCCAGGCCCAUGCCUCCUGGCGGAGCUCCACCUGUGGCACCCCCACCACCCCCUGUUGGUCCUGGAGCAAGUUAUACUCCCGGCGCACAAUUGAACCGGCCUCCAAUGCCACCUCCACAUGGUUUUCCGGGUCAACAGAUGCAGGGUUAAUUUGCUACUUUGGUUUUGACAAUCACAGGUCAAAAGUAGCUUAAUUUUGUACUGAGCACUUCUGGGAUUAUUCUUGCCCUUAUAACAUUUUAGCCUAUAGUAACGUGAUUGUGGCUACCCUUUGAUUUUCC